AGGGCGCGAGCGUGGGCCAAGACAUGUGUGCGGGAAAAGGCUGCUGCGCCUCUACUCGGGUCUUUCCGGCCUCCUCCGGAGCGGCUGAACACGCGCGACUCACAGAGCAGCAGCAACCGCAGCAGCAGCGCCGAAGAGCCGCUGGAGGAGCUCCGCGACCCGCCGCCGAUUUUAACCCAGAUUUCCGUCGGGAACUCGGGCAGGCGGUGGGCUGGGGGCUCGGGCACAGAAGAAUGAGAGAGCCCUCACACCGCAGGGCGCGCAAACAUGAACGGGGCCGUGUAUAUGUCGUUCUUCCAGGGCCAGCUGGAGUCCGUGCUCGAGCAAGUCGUUCAGCUCGCUGUCCAGGAAAUAAGCAAGACGGUGGGCUCCAGCCUGAACGGCCUCCUGCUGGAGACGGCCGUGAAGGAGCAGGAAAACCGCCGGCUCGGGCUCCAGCUCCAGGCGCGGGAGAAACGGGGCCGAGCCUCCGCUUCAGACGACGGAGGAGGAGGCUCCCCGGUGGCUGGUAAGAACAAAGCCGGGGAGAGGGCGGAUAGCGGGCGGGCGAAACCCGAGCAGCAGCCCGGGGGACAGGGCACGGGGCCUGGCGUGCCCACCGACACACGCCGUCUGGAGCAGAGAGGACGAGUCGUGGACCAGCUGAAGUCCGUCAUGGAGCACGUCCUGGACUUCGCCGUGCGUGAGCUGACGAAGAUCGUGGAGGCGUCAUUCGACGACCUGCUGCUGGAGAUCACCAAGAUGGAGCGAGAGCAGCAGCUGCUGGAGAAGAGGCUGGGAAAGGGCGCUGAACGAGGAGGCGGGGACAAAGGGAAAGGCGGCGGUAGGGGGAGGAGGGGCUCGGAGAACGACUCUGUGUCCCCGAGCGGCUCAGAAGACGCCCGUGAGGAGGUCGCUGUGGUCACUGCGUCCAAAGAGACGCCGCAGACACACGUCCCGGAGCGUCCCCCCGUCCUGUCUGUCUCUCAGGACUGGGUUCCCAUCCUGGACAAAGUCUUCGGUCAGAAGUGGUGCAGCGACGUCUGGAACGUCAAAGAGGUUGGCGGGGGUGGAGGAGGAGGAAGUGGGCGGGGGUUAGGAGAGAGUGUGACUCAUAUUGUCCCCGCCCCCACCCCGGCAGUGACCCUGGAGCCCUCCCCCUCCUCCCCACAGCAGGACCCCCGCUGGACUCCUUUGGAGGACAUGGAGGUGUUUUCUCCCGAUGAAGAUGAAGCUGCGGGCAGUCUGAUAAGCGCUGCCGCCGCUGUCAGACCUCCACCCGGACCUCCACCCGGACCCCCCCUCAGCCCCACAUGUCAACGGUCCUCAGCCUCCAUGCUUCAUCGCCUCCUCACGCUCCCCUCCCAGCUGCUCGAUGACGAUGAGGAAGCCACCGCCAAGGAGACGCUCGGCUGUCUGGCGUUUGACGGCUCCAUCAGGCCGCAAGACGCCGUCGAGCUGCCUGCUCAGACUGGCAGAGAGGAGGAGGAGGAGGAGGGAGAGGAGGAAGACGAGGAGGAUAAAGGGAUGAAGCGGAAGCGGCGGCGGGUUUGGUCUGAGUGCGAGGAGUGCGGCCGCAGGUUCAGCCGGAUAGCCCUCCUGAAGGCUCACCGCCAGACUCACAGCGCUGGAAACGCCGCCACAUCAUCGCCUUCAUCGCCGCCCGCCGGAGCUGCCUCGCCACUCCGCUGCUCCGACUGCGGUAAAAGGUUCUCCUCGGCAACACGUCUCCACAGCCACAUCCGGACUCAGCAUCACAGCGACCAAUCCUGAUCUGGGACCAGACGGUACGCAGGCGAGAGCAGCGGGACGUUUUAUUCUGUUACACAGACCGUUUGGAAGGCCACAGGAAGUAACUGCAAAACUGACCUCUAAUCAGAGCGGCCUGCUCUCAUUGGUACCCCCGGAGCAGGAUCCCGGGUUCUGAACGAUCCGGCUCAGCGACAGGAAACGUUAGAACGAAAACGUUCUGCCAAAGUUUUUUUUUUCUAACUUUGAUGUUUGUUUCUUCAAAUAUUUAAAAUUCCUGAAAGUUUUCAGGUCUCUAACUUUUUUAUUUCUCAACCAGAAAAACUUUAGACAAAACAGAACACAGUCGCGGGCUGCGUCUGAAGUUCGUUUCGGUUAUUUUCAGAUUAUUUUUUUUAAUUCAGUAAUUUUUCUGAAAUUUGAGCUCAAAACAGAAAGAAAUCUAAAAUUGUCACGUUUACUAACGUUUGGUCUGGAACAAACUGCUGAAACUGUUUGAUUUCAGUUUGACAGGAAGACGAGCGAGGAAAAAUCUGACAUUUAUUUGAAGUUUAUUAGAACAAUUUCAAAAUUAAAGCCUCAAAUUCAGGAGGAAGAUCGGUGUAAAGUCUGCAUGUCUUUGGGUUUAUACGGAGGCCAAUUCGCACAUUUGAGAACCUGGAAACGUUUUUUGGAGGUGACUCGACAGCGUGAAUCUGAACCAGUGCAGAAACUUUUGAGGCGGAGGAGGUCAAAGGUCAGGGGUAACUGAGGGAAAACACGCACAUCCUCCUCCUGUAAAUUGUAGGCUUGUUUUGGCUUCUUUGCUCGCUGCCUGCUGGUUUGUGUCUGUGCGGCGUGCACACGUUUUCUACUCGUUUGGUUUUGAAGUGCCCUUUUUUAGGUUUCUCUUUGGAUUAUCGUUGAGUCCAUGUCUGUGGUUUUAUCAGCGUUCCUCGAUCAACUCCGAGGACGAAAACACACAGGGAAGGAACAACUUCCUGUCCAUCGGAGGGGUCUUCAGUUCCAAUGCGAAGCUCAGCGGUGAGCUCCUUCCUCCUUCCAUCUCACCAACACAAAAUGUGUCACACUUGCAGAAUUUCUUUGUUUUCUCAUAUUUUGUUGUUCAGACAUAAUUGAACUCCAUGAAGCGACGAGUCGCCUCAGCGUUAGCAUUUUACCCACAGCUCAGACUGGUUAAACCAGCUGAGCUCACAGCAGUCAUAUUAUGGGGUGAGGUGAAGCUAGCAGCUACAGCCGCCUGUGUCACCAACCACCUAUCUGAGGCCACGCCCCUAAUAAUGCAACCUUUAAACAGGUGAGUUGUGAAAACGUUCUGCCCCGUACAGGUUCUACAAAGGAGGAAAUGAUCCACAGAGACCAACGUGUUUAUUUUAACAUGGGAGUCUAAGGGGGCUGACUCACUGCUGCCUCUGCUGGGCGUCAGAGGAACUGCAGUCAGUUUUUAUCAUGAAGGCUGGAUUAUGAGAUUGAAACUUUGACUUAUUCUUCAUUAAUUCAGGAUUUACUAGGCUGUGAAACAUUUUGAUUUUAUAAAGGCAAAAUCUUCACUUUUCUUGCACAACUGGGCUUCCGUAGCUCAUCAGCUGGAACUGAUUCUAAGAACUGACCUUUGGUAAGUUUGCUGUGUCCUCUACGGAAGCCCAUUCCUACCAAAAAACAUAACAUUGGGUUUCACUUUGAGUGGCAAUUUUUUUCCCCCUGAAUUAAAUUUUUUUGCUUUAACAUUUGCAUUCUUACAUUUUUCAUUACGAAUUUCAAAUUUUUCACUCUGUCAAAUAGUUAAAUGCAACGUAAACAUCUGUUUUAAGUCUUUUAGUGUUCGCCAAGUCAAACUCUGAAUAAGAAAAUCUAAAGAUUUAUUCUGCGUGUCGUUUUCAUGUUUUGCUGGAGGAAGAGGAUGGAGGGAGGAAGGAUCAGGUGACAGGAAGUUAUUCAUCCUGAGAGUUAGUUUUUAUCUCUGAGAAACGUCAGCACGAACAAUCACAGAAUCCGUUGUUUCACGCUGUGUAAAUGUGUGAACCUUUUUUUUUCAACUCUGAAGCAAUACGACGGCGAGCUCUGCAGAGCUCCGUGGUUCAAUUUGAACAAGGACCAGAAAUGCACAAAAUGAAACCGUCUGCGAGCCGGGGCCGUCUGACCGUUGGAGGAUCCAGAACUCUGGUCACCUCAGGCGAAAAUCAGACUUUUUUUUUUUUUUUUUUACUGUCCUGUCUCUGCUUCACCGACCGCUUCGUCUCGUUUUCGUACCUCAUUUUUCAAGUGUUUCUUUGACUUCCUGUUUCAAUGAGACCUCAUUACCUCAGCUGAAGCGCAGCGGCGAAAUCUCACCUGAUCAACGAGCAGAUUUUAGUUUUUUUUCCAGGCCUGGUCUGACAUAAAAAGCACUCGACAUGAGAUGUUUCUUUGUUUUUUAGGACUUUAUUCUUUGAAGGUUUGAUUCAUACGGAAUCCAAAAUCUGACAAAAAAUGUUUGUUUUUUUGGUUUUUUGAUAUCAAGUUGAGUAAAUAACUGUUUACAUUAGUGAAGAAUUUAAACGUGUAUGUAAACACAGUAAAAAUGAAAUUCUUUUUAUUGUCAAACAGAAGUUUAAUUUCCUGUCAGGACUGUGGCUGCUCCGUGUGUACAAAAUCAGGUGAUAAGAAAAGCUCGCUUUUGUGGUUUUUACGCACCGGUGGAAGAAGGAUCGGACGGUCCGUUAAAGUUCAGAAAAUCCGAAUCCUGAGCUCAAUUUGGCCGAUCUCUCUUUAAGGCUUCCUCCUUGUGCGCCUCCUGCAGCCGUCCCUCGCUCUCUCCUGUUCUUCAGCUGACUGAUUAACCAGUUUGCCCUAUCCCAGCAUCCUUCUCUGCAGCAGCCUUUCCAUCAACUGUGUUGGCCAAUAGGAACGUGGCAGAGCGCCCUCUGGUGGACAGACUCCAACAUUGGCACUCCUGACGUGGCUGUGGGGCGUUUCUUUGGUCUCUACUUUAGUUUUCAUGUAUCAGGGGUGGUUAAAGCUGUAGACAGAUGAGGAAUGCCAAACACCGGGCGGCGGAUAAAUCAGGACGUAAAAGCUUUUUUCAGCUGCUCCGUGAAUCCUCGGGUCUCCGUGGCCUUCCUGACAGAAGCCCAGAGCUCUCCUUUUACUUCAGAUGUGUGAAGCGCUAAAUUUGCACUGUUAUUAUUUUAUUUAAUAUGAUUUUAGGGUUCUGGACCUCUAAACUGUGCAUGUAUGAACAAAGCCACAAAACUGCUUUGUUCAAAUUUCUACAUUUCAGUAAAAACUGAGAACUUGUUGGACUUUUGAAAACCUUGUGUGGCUGCUUGUGCUGACAGAAUUAACCGAACCCAGAACCUAAAGUCCAGACUGUAUUCUUCCCAUCGGUCGGGCCGGAUCGCUCCAUUCGUCAGAUUUUACUUCCUGAGAGUUGAAGCCUGAAGCAGCUUCACUCGGCGUAAUGGGACAGAACUCUGGGAAAACUGGGCGGAGGUGCCAGAGGAGAUGACCUGAAUGAGAGAUCACAGGUUUAUGAUGACGUCAGGCCUUUUUUUCUUUAUGUCACACAGCUGCCAUCACAGGCCAUAGACUGUAUGUAAAAGAUGUGCAUAAACAGUGGUCAGCGCAUUUAUGAAGAGUUGAGCUGAUGGAUUUUACCGUCUCAGCUUUCAGAAAGCAGACGUGAUCUAAGACGAUGGAUUUCUGCACAGACUUCCGUACUUCCUGUCCCUCCGUGACUGAUGGGACCAAAAUCUCCAAAAUAAACUUCCUGUUUUCUUCAGUCAGACCUGAACCAUAAACACAUCAGAACAGGGUUUGCUGAGCCCAGAUCAGCUGAGCAGGAUGCUCAUUUUCCCAUUUAGACCAGAGGAGCCGCCUCCUGCUGGACACUAGAGAACAGCCUUAUGUCCAUCUUUUAUGUACAGUGUGUAGGAACAAGCUUCGUCUGUUUGACUUUAAUGCUGCCCUGAAGAGUCGGACCACUGAUCGUUGGAGAUAUCAUGUGACCUGUUUAACCAAUGACAACUCCUCCUGUCCUUGUUUACACAGAGGAAUGCAUCUGCCUAGAAACAAACAUGAUAUUAGAAAUAACUUUGAAGAGGAGUGGCGUAACACUUUGUGUUUAAAAACCUGGAUAUCAACAUAAAUGCGUGAUAAUACUGUCAUCAUUUGUUUAUGUGCUGUUUGAGGCCCAUGUUGGAGCUCCAUUAAAUCUGAUCUAAUCUCAACGCAAAAUGCGAACUUUUUCCAGAUGGUGAAAAUUGAGUGAAACCCUGAUCUCACGUAGUAGUAAAAGGUCUCUUAAGUUAUAAUUAAUGAGUAACAUUUCCCUGCUGGUGGUCUUUAUUCAUUUAUUAUGUUUGUAGCUGACCAGAUGCAUUUCUCUUCCAGAAGAGGUCCGUGGCUGUAACGCAUCGUCGUAUCAUUUCUAGUACUGAAACAUUCGUGCAAUCUCAUCGCAGAGCUCUUUUUUUUUUUUUCUUUUUCUUUUUUGUUAGCAGUGAAAAGUGGUUGUGUGGUACUCGUACUUCAGUCCUUUGUAGUUAAAACUUUGGGUGUGAGCGAAAAACUAAUAAAGAUCCUUAAAAGUUGGCGAGGAGUUCCUCAGGGAACAGACGUGUGAAUGAGGGGCGAACGGGUUUGUUUUCUUUUGUUUUUUUCAUGUUAAUAUUUCCAGUUGGAGGUUUUCCUGUAAGUCAGGCUCUUUGUGAAGACACGGGGGAACUUCAUUCGGGGGUGGGUUUGUUUUAAACUUUAAAUAUGGAUUUCUACUUCCUGUUUAACCUUGAUGAACGCUGUAUGUCAAAGAACAGUUCAUCUCAUUUUUUGGAUGUGAUGCAAUACUUUUUAUAAAAUGUUCCCUGUUUUUUUUUAUUUUAUUGUGUUUUUUUUUUUUAAUGGACAUCAGCCAAAUGGUAGAUUGAAUGCUUCAGGAUUUGUUUUUGUUUUUUUUAAAGGUCAGACUUGAUGUGACCUUUGACCUUGUGUGACCAGUGUCAGUUCUGAGUGAGUUAUCAGACUCUGAUGUGUUGGUUGUUUACUUUGUGCCUGGUUUUAUCAGCGCUGCAUGGGCUGAAUGUCAUUAAACACCAACUUACAACGGUCUGCCAUGAUGAUGAUGAUGAUGAUGAAGGCUACGGUGGCUGUUUUUAAAAAAAGAAAUGUAUUGCCUGUUUUAGUCGAGCAGAAUGGGUACUUUGUAGUGUUAACAUUCAAAGGAAACAAAUAAAUGUUCAUAACUA